UUUUUCAAUAUGGAAUUAGUUUGUGGUGUUCAAAAUUAUGAAUGGGGUAAAAUUGGCGAGGAAAGUAAAGUAGCUGAAUUUUUGAAAUCUGUUCAACCUAACAGUAAGAUUGAAAAGAAAACCCCUUAUGCUGAAUUAUGGAUGGGAUGUCAUCCAAGUGUACCCUCCAAAGUGAAAGAAGGAAACGAACUCCUCCAAAGUAUUAUUGAUAAGAAUCCCUCAGUACUUGGUAAAAAAGUUACUGAUAAAUUUGGAAAUCAACUACCUUUUUUAUUCAAAAUACUUUCAAUACAGAAAGCAUUAUCGAUUCAAGCACAUCCGUCAAAGAAAUUGGCUGAAGAAUUGCAUGCGAAACAACCAGAUAUAUAUAAAGACCCUAACUAUAAACCAGAAAUGGCUAUAGCACUUACACCUUUCGAGGCUCUAUGUGGAUUCAGGCCUGUUUGUGAAAUUAAGUCUUACCUGCAAGCUGUUCCAGAAUUGAAAAAUCUUGUGCAAAACACAAAUGCUGAGGACGAUUUUCAAUUAAUCAAAAAGGCUAUCCAUUCUGUCUUGCAACAGCCAAAAGAAAAAAUCGAGGAAGAGGUGAACAAUUUGAUUGAUAGGAUAUCAAAAAUCAAGAGUGAACAGCAAAAAUGCUAUGAAAACGUGGAAUUGAUUCAAAGGUUGAGUAAACAAUUUCCUGGAGAUGUAGGCAUAUUUAUGGUGUACUUUUUGAAUCAUAUCAAGCUGAAGCCCGGAGAAGCAAUUUAUCUAGCAGAAUGUGAACCUCAUGCGUACCUGUGUGGAGAUUGUGUUGAAUGCAUGGCCUGCUCAGAUAACGUUGUGAGAGCGGGAUUAACCCCAAAAUUCAUUGAUGUUGAUACUUUGGUUUCAAUGCUGACUUAUCAGUGUACAGCACCAGAAGAAAAAUUAUUUUGGCCUUGUGUAGAGGACACCUACACUUACGUAUACCAGCCACCAGUGCCUGAUUUUGCAGUAGCUCAUAUAAAGAUCCCGGCAAAAACCAACCAACAUUCCUUGGUAAAGAGAAAAACUGCCAGUAUUCUGAUAGUAACUUCAGGUAAAGGGACAUCAGAAAAUAAGGAACUUGGGCCAGGAAGAGUAUUCUUUGUUCCAGCUGAACAAGAAUUCAAAAUUUCUGCAGAAGAAAAUAUGGAAAUUUUCCAGGCUUUUGUCAAUAUUUGAGAAGUUUGUUUUCUGAAGUUUCGAACUAAAAUCAAUAAAACAAGCAAAUUUAAAAA